AGCACCCUCCUUCUGUUUUUUUAAUUUACGACGUCUUGGAGUCUAGGGUUUGUUGGCGGUUCCACCUCUACGGUCCCGGGAGGAGCUGUGUAGUCGUGGACCCGGAUCCUGAGGAGAGACUUCGCGCUCUGGAUUUUGGGCACGGUUUAAGAAAACCAACCGCGUUCUGCGUUGGAGGACAUCAGCUGUCCCCUCUCGUUUCCUCAGCACUCUGCCUACUUUCACGAGAGAACGUUGAGGAAAGUAUGGCUUCCACGCUUCCAGCAUCCGGGUCCCAUGAACCUAUGAAAUUUGAAGAUGUAGCACUGACAUUUACCAAGGAAGAGUGGGCACAGCUGGACCUCCAACAGAAGUGCUUAUAUAGAGAAAUCAUGAUGGAGAACUACAGUAACAUGAUUUCAGUGGAACAUCACUUUUCCAAGCCAAAUGUGAUAUCUCAGUUAGAAGAAGUAGAAGACUUCUGGCCAGUGGAGAAAAAAAUUCCUCAAGAUACCCUUCUAGAAUGUUCCAUACCUUCUCUGGACCCUGGAGUAAAUUCCUUUCCUGCUGAGAAUCCUCUGAUGAAUAUCAAUGUUGUUGAAGUCCUUACACUGAACAAGGAUGUGGCUGGUCCCCGGAAUGCCCUGAUUCAAUCUCUUUAUCCUGAACAUGGAGAAGACCUGAGCCCAGGUAAACUCAAGACAGCUCAGCAGGCUAGCAAGCAUUUGGCUGACCCUGAAACUGCUCAUCAGAAGUUCCGACAUUUCCAGUAUGAAGAGUCAGCUGAUCCCCACAAGGCUGUGUCCCAGCUUCGUGAGCUGUGUCACCAGUGGCUGCAGCCCAAUACACGUUCAAAGAAGCAGAUCCUGGAGUUGCUGGUGCUUGAGCAGUUCCUUAGUGCACUGCCUGAGAAGUUUCGGGUGUGGGUAGAGUCACAGCACCCAGAGGAUUGCCAGGCAGCAGUGGCCCUGUUGGAGAAUGUGACCUCAGUAUCUAAGGAAGAUGCUCUGCCUGCCUGCUGUAAUGAGGCUACUGGUCAACUGAAGGAGAAAAAGAAGGACUUGACUACCUUACCAAUUAUUGUACCACCUGAGGAGCCAGUGACCUUCCAGGAUGUGGCUGUGGACUUCAGUCAGGAAGAAUGGAGGCUACUUGGUCCAGUACAGAGGACUGAGUAUCAUGAUGUGAUGCUAGAGACCUUGGAAAACUUGGUCUCUGUGGGGUGGGAGCCUACAUUAGGAAACAGAGAGCUAACUCCAGAUUCUCCCAUUCCUGUGGUAGAACCAAUUCGCCGCCCAAAACCAAAUGAUUUCUUGUGGGAUGGUAACCAGUCCACUGUCUUUGAAUGUAUUGCACAAGAUGGGGUCCAAGAAAUCCAUACCACAGAAACAAAUCUAGAACUUGUGCAGGAAAAAGCCUGCCCUCAGAAGAAGCUCUCUGAAAGCUCCGAGUCUCAGGAGCAAACUAGUCUUCACACAAGCCAGAGCUCACUCAGUGACAUUCUUCCUAGAAAGCAUUUGCGUGUAAAAAUUAACCGGAGGGGCACCAGAAAUCGGAAAGCCAGGGAAAACACCAUUUCCAUGACAAGAGAUUUACCCAUAAGAAAUCAGCAAAAGGGUUCUGUGGGGUGGCAAGGCAGAGAUGGCAGCAACUCCACAACAGAUGGUUUACCUAUAAAAAAACAACAGAGUUCCAAGCGGAGUAAAGUUGGGGACAGCAGAGAUUACAUUAUACUUGCUGCACCUGCCAAAAUGUGCCAGAAAGCCACUGGCUCUGUAGCAGGUAGAGUCAGAGACAGUAGCAAUACCAUUGUGCCUGAUGCACAUAAAAAAAUCCACCAGAAAGGCUCUAAACGGGGUAAAGUUGGAAAAAGCAGCACUUUUAUGUCACAAGGUUCAUUUGUGCAAAAUCACCAGGUGAGGUUUGGGGCAGGAAGAGCCAUGGAGAGCAGCAGUUCCUUGAGACAUGCCUUACCUGUAAAACCUCACCAGAAAGGCUGGGAAGUGGGUAAAGUUCAAGGAAACAGGAAUUCCUUGAAACAUGUAAAAACUCAACGGAAGGAUUCUAAAGGAGGAAUAGUCAGGGAAAUUAGCACUUCCAUAAAACACAGUUCCCAUGUGAAAACUCAUCUGAAGACCUCUGAAAGAGGCAAAGGCAAGGAAAUCAACACUUAUAUAAAAUAUGGUCCUCAUGUGAAAACUUACCAGAUGGGCUCUGAAGAGGGGCAAAGCAGGAAAGGCAACAAUUGUGGAAAAGCCAUCAAACGACAUGCUCAGCAGAUAUUUUUUGUAAAAAUUCACAAGGGGAGCCAACUUUGCCGGUGCAGUGAAUGUGGUAAAAUAUUCCAGAAUUCUAGGUACUUCUCUGUCCAUAAAAAGAUCCACACAGGAGAGAGGCCUUACAGGUGUGUGGCCUGUGGGAAAGCAUUUGUUCAGAGCUCCUCCCUUACACAACAUUAUAGAAUUCAUAGUGGAGAGAGACCAUUUGAGUGUCCGGAGUGUGGGAGGACCUUCAAUGACCGCUCAGCCAUGUCUCAGCACCUGAGAACUCAUACAGGAGCUAAGCCCUACCAUUGUCAGCACUGUGGGAAAGCCUUCCGCCAGAGUUCCCACCUUACGAGGCAUGAGAGAACUCACACUGGGGAGCGCCCAUAUGUGUGCAACAAGUGUGGGAAGGCUUUUACCCAGAGCUCACACCUUAUCGGGCAUCAGAAAACACAUGGGAUAAAGUUCAAGAAGAAGCAGCCCAAAUUGUAGCCCUAGUGCCUUCCAAUGCACUGCCUUUUUAGCCUUGAGAUGAACUCUGCAGACAUUGAGUAAGGAGAGUCCAACACUCAGAACACCACCCAGUGGGCAAUGAGUGAAACUAUCAGGGAAUUCUUAGUUGCUUAAUUUAGCCAUUAAAUGAUAUAUGAAAUCUCAAAAUACCCCUAAGUUUAAAACGCCAAUUACCAAAAACUGCACUGAUAAUUUUAUAUACAGGGUAAUGUGUGUUGAGUGACAAAAAUUAAAGAGUAUGUAGAUAAAUAAACUAUUUGUGUUGAACUUUU